GUGAAGUUAACCUUCAUUACAUCACUUUCAGAAACAAUUGUCAGCUGUGCUCUCUACUCAAUGCCUAAGAAGUGUCUGAGUUAAGGGACAGAAAGUCUUUGAUGCUCUUCCGAACAGCAGUACCCAAACUGGUCUAUAAAGGAUAACUCCAUCAGAGGCAAGAGAUACUAAUGGCAAGUCUGGAGAUGGCUGUAAACCCUUUCUUGACAGCAUCAGGGUCACCGCAGACGCCGCUUGUUCCCUCACCAUUUGGACUUCCCACUGUGGACAGAGAUGUCUUGUCUUCUACCAUAGCUUCACCUGACCCAAGGCAAUUUUGUGUUCCUUCUCAAUUCAGCUCUUCUGUUCUACCAAAUGCAAAUAUGCCACAUCUGUUGUCCAGUUGUGUCUACUCAGGUUGGAGCAUUUUACCACCUGAUUCUAUAAAGGCAGUGACCAGAAGAAAUGAAAUCAUUCAAAGGCAUCCUAUUGCCAGGGAUGAAAUGGAAAUGUAUGCUAUUUACCAGCAAAGGAGAAUGGAAAAAGUUAAUCCCAAGCGACUAGCUGGCCUCGGGGCGCCAUGCCUCUAUGGGCCCAGCGGCCCAGCCCCCUACCAUGGCAGGACCAUGCUUCCUGCCAGGGACCUGCAUUUUCACAGAAGUGCCAUGAGAAGAAACCCCAUGCUAGUGGCAACCAGACCUCACUUUAUAGAGAGCUGGGAGCAGAAGUGUCAGCUCAGAAGAGGUGCAGGGCAUCCAAAACCUCUAGGCAGCCAUACAGAAAACUCCAAAAGCCAAGCAGAAGAAAAUAUCCUGGUCCAGACACAUGCAAUUCCCUCUGAACAAGAGGAGUAUGAAAAAGAGCCAGAAACCGAACUAUUCCCCGAUGAGAAGUCAGGUGAAACCAAUGGAAAGCCAACCACAGCUGGGGACUGCCACUGUGGAGUCGAUCAGCCGGGUCUCGGAAAACCCUGGGGAGGCCCCACUAUGCUUCUACACACGAAGGCUAUGGAUGGGGGGGAAAACAAGCCUUCGGAGCAGGGGUUGGAAGCCUACACUGAAAAGGAUGGGAUUUGUGCUCCCAUUUCUCACCUGUCUCUACCAGGAGCACAUACACUGACUACAUCGGGAGAAAACCUGUCUUUGGAUGAAGAUAUUCAGACAUGGACCGUGGACGACGUACACAACUUCAUUAGCAACCUUCCAGGUUGUUCAGACUAUGCCCAGGUAUUUAAAGAUCAUGCAAUCGAUGGGGAAACUUUACCAUUGCUCACAGAGGCACAUCUUCGAAGCACUCUGGGCCUGAAGCUAGGGCCAGCACUAAAAAUUCAGUCUCAGGUAUCUCAGCAUGUGGGAAGUACCCUCCUCAAGAAAAUGCCCUCGUUUCCUAUUCACAGGAGACAGGCAUGUGCUCAACCAGCAGAUCCAUCUCCUCCUGUGGAUUUUAAUUCCUGGAAUGAUACAUUGAGCACACCUUCUCCCCAGGAUACAAUGCUUCCUAAAAGAAUUGAAAGAGACAACAUGAGAAGUUAAAGGAAGUCCUCAAGGAGCAAGAACAGUCGUGGCCAGUUUUCCAGAGUCUAAGAUGAUAUCAAGGGCAUGCCAGUGUUUCCCAGAACACAUGGAGGGCAAGCAGGAGGGAAAGCUGGCCUUUCUGGACCUGUCUUGGAGGCCUUUCCCACUUCCUAUGAGGGCAGAAGUGACCUAAUCACCAG